CGCCGGGUGAGGAGAAUUGGUACGGAGAAAGGUACAUAGGCACCUAGGUAGAGGCCUAGGUGUGCCUGGGUACAUGUCCACCAAUGUACUGAUAGGUAGGUACCUUAGGUAGUUAUGGGGUUCCGUACCUUUAUAGUAGGGCUAGCAUAUUUUAGGUACCUACCCGGUACACGCCCUAGGAAUUCCUCGCUAUCCAUUUCUCGGUGACGUCGCGUACGGCUCUGGCAGAGCCGACAGUUCUCGGGACAACUCCCGCCAUAGUGUGCCAGCAGCACCGCUUAUUGUCGCCUGAUGAAUCGAUUGAUCGGAUCGCAGCCUUGUUUCCCUCCUUUUCGUUUUCAACCCGCCAUACCCGGCCGUCCCGUUGCGUAGACGCGCGUCGACGCAGCCAUGUCGCUCCUCUCCGCCCAUUUUGAGCAGAUCGCCAUAUCUUGCCAAGGCAUCGACAGUCUCCCCUUCCCGCCGCCGAAGAUAUUCACGAAUGCGCUCCUCGCCAACGACGACAUCACCUCGCUGAUCCGCGACACUGAGGCUCACGAGCGUGCCCUCUUCUCCGUUCCCCCGCCCCCGCCGCCACAACAACCGGCGUCUCAGGACCCCGAGCCCCAGAAGCAGUCCUCGCGCCGGCAGACCGUGUUCAGUGUCGCGUCCGGCGAGGUGACCACGUCCGGCACCGGCGCGACGGGGCGAGCCGUGGGCGGGCCGCGGCGGCACACGGCUGUGGCGGCCGUGCUGGGCGGCCAGCUCCACGACCAGAUCCGGCGCAGCGAACGGCGCGGCGGCAAGGAAGACGUCGACGUCGAGAUCCUCCUCAAGGGUGCCGAGAAGCUGUGCGGCGUCUACCCGCUGCCGGGCGCGCUCGAGAGGAUAGCCGCCCAGCGAGCCAAGUACGCCCACAGCCGCAACACGCUGGCGUAUUACGAGGCGAAGGUGGCCGAGCAAGCCGAAGCCCUCGGCCGCAUGAACAAAGACCACUGGAUGGGCGAAGAUGAGGAAGACGAAGACGAAGGCGAAGGCGAAAGGGGCCAAGACGAGGAAGGGGAGAUCCUGACGGAAGAGGAUUUGCGGAGAGGAGAGGAGGAAAUCCGGGAACUAGACAGGAAGAAGCGGGAAUUGCAAGAGCGUUUAAAAGCGAUGGACAAGGACCUCGGCGGUCUCCUGAAUAUGUAACGCAUAGA